GGCAGUCUGUCCACAUAGUCCGGGCAACGCGGCGAGACCGGAGCAACCCUCGCAGUCAGCUGUCCGCAACCCCCACCCCCCGCGCGCUGAGGACAACUGCUCGCAGGAUUCUAGUUUGACACUUCUGGAGUCCGGCGUCUGCGCACUACGUCACAAGCCCCAAGGCUGAAGUCAGGCGACCACCAGACGGCGGUUCCGUCAAACGUCUCUGGCGCUUCGUCCUGGUUGCUUGUUUAUUGACAACAUGGCUUCGAACGGUGUGGUCAAGAGAAAACAUCUAAACGGCAAAUCCACGUCGAAUGGCGAAAAACACAGCGAAUCAAUAGUUGCUGCAAACAACGAAGGGAUAAAUGACGGAAAUGUUCUUAAACAUGAGGCAAAGAAGCGGAGGUCGAAAGAAUCUUUUGAGCCUGUGCCGCUGUACACGGCGGUGAUGACGUAUCUGGGGUUCUACCUCCUCAUGUUCCUGGGCUACUUCAACCAGCUGUUCUUCACACCGAAAGUAGCCAAGGAGAGGAACAGAGAGGGUUACGUACCUUUGUACGACAAGUUCGAAAGCUUCUACCUGAGGUACGUGUACAGGCGGGUCAAGGACUGCUGGAACAGGCCGAUAUGCAGCGUGCCGGGAGCAGAGGUGGUGCUGAAAGACCGCAUCACCCGCGACUACGGCUGGACUUUCGAGUUCACAGGCACACAAACAAAAUGUUUGAACCUGGGCUCUUACAACUACUUGGGCUUUGCGGAAAAAACUGGUAAAUGUGCCGAUUCUGCGAUAGAGGCUAUACAUGAAUACGGCCUGGCCAUGUGUAGUCCGGUCCACGAGAUAGGAGUGCACAAGCUCAUAGCGGAGCUGGAGAGGACGACGGCGCGGUUCCUGGGCGUGGAGGACGCCGUCGUCUUCGGGAUGGGGUUCGCGACCAACGCCCUCAACCUGCCCAGCUUCCUGUCCAAGGGCUGCCUGGUGCUCAGCGACGAGAAGAACCACGCCUCGCUCAUCCUCGGCCUGCGUCUGUCCGGGGCGACCAUCCGGGUGUUCAAGCACAACAACAUGGAGUGCCUGGAGGAUCUGCUCCGCCGGGCGGUGUUGUACGGCCAGCCGGCCACGCGGCGGCCCUGGGAGAAGAUCCUCAUCGUCGUGGAGGGGGUGUACAGCAUGGAGGGCUCCAUCGUCAACCUGCCGGAGGUCAUCGCCCUCAAGAAGAAGUACAAGGCGUACCUGUACCUGGACGAGGCCCACAGCAUCGGGGCGAUGGGGGGCAGAGGCCGCGGGGUCACCGACUACUACCGCUGCGACGUCGGCGACGUAGACAUCCUCAUGGGGACCUUCACCAAGAGCUUUGGGUCGGCCGGGGGCUACAUCGCCGGCUCCAAGCGCCUUGUAAACUUUCUCCGCGUCAACAGCCACGCUGCCUGCUACGCGUCGUCCAUGUCUCCGCCAAUCGCACAGCAGAUUAUCACGUCCAUGAAAAUGAUAAUGGGGGAAGAUGGUGGUAUUGAUGGUCAGAAACGCGUUCUGCAACUGGCCAGGAACACGAGAUACUUCAGGCGGCGCUUGAAGCAGAUGGGGGUCAUCACCUACGGGAACGAGGACUCGCCUGUGGUUCCGUUGUUGGUGUACAUGUUCUCGAAAAUAGGUGCGGUCGUGCGAACCCUCACUUCGAAGAACAUCGCGACGGUGGGGGUGGGUUUCCCCGCCACCCCCCUCAUGGAGGGGCGCAUACGGUUCUGUCUCUCCGCCGCACACACCAAGGAACAGCUCGAGAAGGCACUCAAUGUCAUAGAAGAAAUAGCAGACACGCUGGGUUUGCGGUACUCUCAACAACCGCGCGAAGAGGGGCCCAUCGUGUACGGAGCAGAGGACGAAGUGGAGUAAGCUGUCAUUCACGUCAGCGCAAAAAAAAAUUUUUCUGGACAAUUCAAGACACUCGCACGGAUUGUAACGCAAACCAGGUCGCGCUGUGCCAUUCAGUUAGGAGAAAGCAUUUUUUUUUUCCUUUCAAUUGGUCGCUUGCUACGUCAUUGCCUUAUAAAAAAUAGCGGACCGAUAAUCUGCGGACAAAUGCGAAGUGUGAAGAACCUAAAUCUUCAGUAGGCUGUAACUUACACAGCUUGGAGAGUGUAUUGUAUUGUUUUAUAGUUUAAAAAACAUGGAAACUGUGAUACAUAUCAAAAUGAUGUUGAGAUGUGCACGUCAGACAUUUUAUUUUUUGUAUUGAAAUAACUUAAAUCUUGCAUGUGCAAAUAUUUAUUCGUAAAAUUUUACAAGUGAAAAUAUGUUCUCUGUUAUUCUGUUAUAAGGAUUUUAGAAAUUUAAGGGGCCAUAUUGUUUCAUGCUGUAAGACAUCUAAUUAUAAACUUUGAAUGGCAGUAUUUUGGUUUUCCUGCUGCAUUUUGUUUUUGCAAGAAAACUAUUUCUGUGUAUGAAGAUGCUUUGUAUGUGCAGAGAGUUAUUAUGUAAAUGAAUUGUGUCGUACUAGAAAAAGAAAACAUUCCGAGUUUUUGGUUCUGCCACGGCCCAAAGCUGGGUUUGUUGGUUAUUUUGGUUUAUGCCAUCUAGUCAUAGCAGCACAGAAGUAUAUAGGCAUUUGGCAUUUACUGUUAAGUAUUGUGUCUGUUCUCUCUUGUUAAAUUUUUAUACGGAUUAAAGUAUGUUGAUUAUCA